GAGAAGAUGGUGGAGCACUUGGCAAACACGGAGAUCAACAGCCAGCGGAUCGCGGCAGUGGAGAGCUGCUUCGGGGCUUCGGGGCAGCCGCUGGCCCUGCCAGGCCGGGUGCUGCUGGGAGAGGGCGUGCUGACCAAGGAGUGCCGCAAGAAGGCCAAGCCCCGCAUCUUCUUCCUCUUCAACGACAUCCUGGUGUACGGCAGCAUCGUACUCAACAAGCGCAAGUACCGCAGCCAGCGUAUUAUCCCAUUGGAGGAGGUGACGCUGGAGCCACUGCCCGAGACCCUGCAGGCCAAGAACCGCUGGAUGAUCAAGACAGCCAAGAAGUCCUUCGUGGUGUCGGCCGCCUCCACCACCGAGCGCCAGGAGUGGAUCAGCCACAUUGAGGAGUGUGUGCGGCAGCAGCUGCUGGCCACAGGCUGCCAGCCCACCACGGAGCAUGCAGCACCCUGGAUCCCUGACAAGGCCACGGACAUCUGCAUGCGCUGCACGCAGACGCGCUUCUCGGCCCUCACCCGGCGCCACCACUGCCGCAAGUGUGGCUUCGUGGUCUGCGCCGAGUGCUCCCGCGAGCGCUUCCUGUUGCCGCGCCUCUCGUCCAAGCCCCUGCGCGUCUGCAGCCUCUGCUACCGUGAUCUGGCCGCCCAGAAGCGGAAGGAGGAGGCUGAAGAGCAGGGCUGGGGGUCCCCGGGGCAGCCGGCUCACCUGGCUGGGGCCAUCUACGGAGCGUCCAGUGGAGACGAUGAUGACUCCGACGAGGACAAGGAGGGCAGCAGGGAUGGCGACUGGCCCAGCCAUGUGAAGUUCUAUGCCUCAGGCGUCUCCUGGUCUGCCUUCCAUAGCUGACCCCAGACCUGCAGAGCUUCUUCAUCCAAGCCGGCUCCAAUGCCCAGACCCUGAGGGAGGCAGUUCCCAAUGCGCCAGUGCUCCUGGGACCCUACCCCAUGGUGGUGGGCAUAGUGUUGGGGAGUGGCUUUUUCCCUCUGGCCUCCCAGUGCCUUUUUGCUAGAUGACAGCAUCCUCCUAGUUCCACUUCAGGUAAUUAUCUUUCCAUUUAGCAAUCCAUAAAUCACUUAGUCCUCUUAGAAACAAAUGCCAUUUCUCAGCCCUUUAGGCUGCAGCUGCAGCCCUAGAUAGUCCCUUGAUUUAGAUGACUCCAGGAGCCCUGGGAAUUUAGGGGCCAGAGGGGAGUUAGGAACACAGAGGGAAGACAGGAUGGGAGUGAGUGACCACUCCUCCCUGAGGCCAUGAGCACACAGAACCCCACCCAUCACCCCUGGAUAAGCACAACCCAGGGAAGAGCAUGCAUCAUGGAGGCCUCCAGGAAACCCAUGCCUGCCUACCCACCAUCCUGGUGCCCACUGCCUAGGCCUGCCAGUCCAGGCAAGUGGCUCACCUAAGCCAGCCAAGAGAUUGCCAUGCUAUGGGAACACACCUGGCCCAGGGGACUGCAGCCUGAGCUCCCCACAGCCAAGGGAACCUGCAGUGAGUCUGCCCUGUCUCACCUCUCUCCAGGUGUCCAGGUGUUGGAUGCUUCUUUUUGUCAGUCCCUCAUCUGUCCCUGUGGCCAGUAAAAGCAAUGUCCUUAGUUGCAAGGACAGAAAUCCUAUACCUAGCCUGACUUAAUAAUAAAAAAGAAAGUUUACUGACUUUGACUCAUGUAGUUGCAAAGUCCAGAAGUGUUCUGACUUCAGACCUGGCUGGGUCAGAGGCUGAAACAUGCUGGGUGGCAAAAAUCAACAACUGUCCACCACACUGGGCAUUCCUGGGGAUGCUGGCAGCCCAGGGUAGACAGACAUUCAUACCACACUUUGGCUGGGUUCCCCCAAGGACACAGCCCAUCAGAGUGCUGUGACCAUGACCUGGUGCCUGCAACCAUAUUCACUUAGGUGUGGGUUAUCUAAAUGGAUAGAAUAAAGGAAACAAGGAGUCA